CUCUCUCUCUACGUUCGAGAAAAGUAAAACAGAAUCCUUCUACCAAUCUAUAAAGAAAACCAACUCACUCCCUAACCCCAUGAAGUAAAAAGAAAAGUUGGCUCCCCAAACAAUCAAAAAAAUCUUUCCCUUAACCCAAACCCUUCCUACUAGAGUCUCUCUCUUGCCACAAUUUUUUUUUUUUUAUGUUUUUUUCUUUCCCUUGCCUUAUUAUUAACUAACUCUUUUCACCAACAAUAAUACAUAUCAUCCGAUCUUCAACCUUCUCUUAUAUUAUAUAUAAACAUAUAUAUAUAUAUUUAUACAUAUAUGUUAUGAUCCAUAUCCUACAAGUACAAGGGCAUCUCUCCUCCAGCUAGUAUAAGAAUAACUAAAGGAAAAGAAAAAAUGGGGAGUAGUAGCAGUAGCAGUAGUAGUACUACUGAUACUAGUAGUAGUAGUAGUAGUAUUUUUCACCUUUUAAAGUUGUUGGUUCGAGGGCUUGCAGUGGUGGGGCUUAUGUGGAUUUUGUUGGCUGGCACGCCGGAGGGGACAGCAGGGACCACACCAAACACUAAAUCAAACUUAGCACCAACGGAGUCCGCCGGAAAAAUCACAGGAAAAGAUCAAGUGGUCGUUGAAGGAGAGGAGAAGCUUGUUCAUCCUAAGUUAGAUCUUAUUAAUUACAUGAGCAAACGAAGAGUUCCUAAUGGACCAGAUCCUAUUCAUAACAGGAGAGCUGGGAAGUCCGGAAGACCUCCUGGUCAAGCUUAGUGCCCUUAAAAUAAGUUAGCUUCAGCAAAAGAGAGCAGAGAAAAUGACACAAAUCAUCAUGUCUUCAAUCAUGUUUGUAUGUUUUAGAAAUGGGGAUAUAAAAUUAUUAAUUCCUGCUGCUUAUAUCUGAAAAAGUUUCCCCCUCCUGACCUGAGUAGUGCUUCAAAGUCUUACUAUUUUCUCUAUGGAGAGGUUUUGGAAAAUACUAUGUGGGCCAGAAAAACGAGCUAAUCUUGCACAAAAUGUUUAACACUUGAUACAUAUAUCACACUCAAAAGAAUUCAGUGAGAGAUAAAACUGUUUCCAAAA